GAAAAGAGACUGAACCACGAGACACAACAUUAAUUUAAAAAAUCAAAAAUAAAAAAAAAAGUUAAUCCACCUCUUAUAGUAUCAAAUAAAAAGAACAGACCUCUCCAAAAAUGAGAUAGAUAACAAAUUAAACAUGGCUCCUUUGUCUUCUUCUUCUCCCUCCUCUUCUAUGUCCCCUUCUUCCCCUCCUUAUCCUCUGCCCUCUCACCCGUCUCCUCACUUCACUCCUAUUCAAGAAUGUGAAAGAGAAGAACAAGAAGAUGUAUAUAGUGCAACACCGGCGUCAAUUGAUAAGAGAAAGGCUGUAAAGCACCAGCCAACACCUCUUCAUGUCAAAAACGGCAAGCCCAAUAUCAAGAAAGGACAUGCAUCAAGUGAAAAUUGUGGAGAAGAAUUAGAUGGUUCUGUUUCUUGCAACAAGUGCCGUCCACACUCAAGAGAGAAGAUAUCUGUUGUUCCUUUAGACAACAAUGGCUUAAACAAGCACUCAUCAUCUUUUAUUGCGAGUCCUAAUGGACUCUUUAAGUCUAUUUUCUCUUCAUUAACAAGAAAGAGUCCAAAAUCCUUAGAUGUAUCAUCGGCAAGAGAAGAACAAUUGAAAAUUGCAGUAGCUGAGCUUUCCCAUAAGCUUAUUCAAGCAACAAGAAGGAAAGACGAAGCAAUUCUUGAAGCUUCGAAGCUAAAAUAUUCGAUGUCUGAACUUGAAAAAAAGCUUAAUAAGCUGGAAGUUUAUUGCCAUAAUUUGAAAUCUGGCCUUGAUGAGUGUAGCAGCAAUAACUCACCGUAUCGGGCUGCAAAAGGUUUCAAUAUUCAUAUGCAUCAGCAACAACAAAGUAGUAUUAUGGGUGUUGGUGACAAGGUAAUUGAGCAAUUCUUGGUUUCAGUCUCUGAAGCUAGGGCUUCAGUUAGGCUUUUAAGCAGGUCACUUACUACGCAACUAAGACACAUGGGAGUUAGAGUUUUUGAAAGAAUCUCUCUUCUUCUUCAAGCUUAUGAUAUAAAGAUUUCAUUCUCCAAGAAUCCCAAAAGUGUUCUUUUUUAUCUUGAGGCUUUAUUGAAUAAAGCUUUCUUUGAAGAUUUUGAAUCUGUUGGGUUUCAAAAAAGUUCUAUUAAUCAAAUAUUGAACCCCAUUGAUAGAUGUGAAGCAAAUUAUGCAUCUUUUAUUGUCCUAAAAGAGUUGACAUGGGAAGAGGUGUUAAAUAAGGGGACCAGGCAUUUUAGUGAAGAAUUUAGCAAGUUUUGUGAUAGAAAAAUGAAUGAGAUUGUUGGCAUGUUAAGUUGGAAUAGAGCCUGGCCUGAGCCAUUAUUGCAGGCAUUUUUUGGUGCUUCUAAAAGUGUAUGGUUGGUGCACCUUUUGGCUAAUUCAGUGCAUCCUGGUUUGCCAAUAUUUAGAGUGGAUAAGUGGGUAAGGUUUGAUUCUGUUUACAUGGAAGAUAUGGGUGGAGACAGAGCUAAGAAGUUGGUCCCUACCAUGGUUCGGAUCAUGGUUGCACCUGGGUUCUAUGUCUAUGGCAAUGUGGUCAAGAGCAAGGUUCUUUGCAGGUACUAUAGCAAUAAUAAUACUAAUAAUAAUAACAAUAACAAUGUUAGUGAUGAAAAUUGAAAAGGGUUUGACCCUCUCUUUCUUUAGGGUCUUGUCUUUUUAGUUUACUUUGUAACACUUUUGUUGUUAAUGUUACAUGGAAUUGUCAAUUAAGUGAGCAUAAGAUAUGUCUCAUCGGGGUUUUUGAAUUGGGGAUUUUUGGGUCAAAGUAACAAAUUGGCAUUUUGUGAUUA